AUGUUGCCUCCUAUCCCCAUCCUCUCCGACUACGGUAUCUCGCCCACCUAUGGCUUUUUACCGGAUGUCUUACCCCUGACCCGGCUCCCUGACCCAUACUACAACAAAUGGGAGGCUGUGGUUGCCAAUCUACAGGCUCUCAUCUUGACCAGACGCCUCAGGGGUGUUGUUGACCGGCUGCCCAUUCUGUCCACCACGGGCUUGGAACAUGAGGCAGAAUGGCGUCGAGCCUACUCGCUGCUGUGUUUCAUGGCCCACGGCUACAUCUGGGGUGGCGAUCAACCUUCGGAUCAGCUCCCCCCGCCCAUCACCGUCCCGCUCCUCGCCAUCUCGGCGCAUCUCGAGGUUCCCCCGGUGGCUACCUAUGCGGCCCUAUGCCUUUGGAACUUCAAGCCCCUCUUUGUCGACGAAGACAUCGACAACCUGGAGAACAUCGCCACCUUGAAUACCUUCACCGGAUCUUUAGACGAGUCGUGGUUUUACCUUGUUUCCGUCGCCAUCGAGGCUCGAGGUGCCCCCAUCAUCCCUCUGAUGCUGACGGCCGUUGCCGCCGCUCGCGAGGGGGACUCUGCAACCGUCACCCGCUGCCUGUGUGGCUUCGCCGAGCGUCUGACUGAUUUGACCAGCAUUCUGCAGCGCAUGCACGAGAGCUGCGACCCCACUGUAUUCUACAACCGUAUCCGGCCCUUCCUGGCUGGAAGCAAGAACAUGACCGAAGCCGGCUUACCCCGCGGCGUCAACUACGACAACGGCUCCGGAAAAGAAGACUAUCGCUUGUACAGCGGCGGCAGCAACGCCCAGAGCAGUUUGAUUCAGUUCUUCGACGUUGUCCUCGGCAUCGAACACCGGCCCACCGGCGAGAAGCGGGACCCGGUGCCCGAGUCGGACCGCGAAGGCCGGGCUCGCGCCCCGCGGCACAACUUCAUCAUGGACAUGCGCCGGUACAUGCCUGGCCCGCAUGCCCGUUUCCUGGGAGACGUCUCGGCCGUCGCCAACAUCCGCGAUUACGUCGAAGCGCGCCCACACGACCGCCAGCUCUGUCUGGCCUACGACGCCUGCCUCGCCAUGCUGAGCGGGUUCCGGGACAAGCACAUCGCUAUCGUGACCCGGUACAUCAUCCUCCCCUCGCGCGAGGUGCGCGCGCGGAGUCGGUCCAGGAGCCCCGAGGCCACGCGCCAGCGUCUCGACUUGGCGUCGUCGUCGCGCAAACUUGCCGCCGCCUCCGGGGAUAGGCAAAAGAAGUUGAAGGGCACAGGAGGCACCGCCCUCAUCCCGUUCCUGAAGCAGGCCCGAGACGAGACGGGAGAGCCGGCUGUCGAGGAAUGGACGCGGCGGUUCAUGAGCCGCACGAACAGGUCGGAGGGUAGCAAUGACUUCUUUUUGGGCAAAUCUGACGAGGGCCCGCCUAUUGAAGAGGUUGAAGUGGGUGGCCUGGCUGGCUCCUGGACCAUGGACGAAGAUCUGAUCGCGUUGCUCGAGGCUGAAAAUCCAACACAACUCCCAACUCCCUCGAGCCACUCUCCAGCGGCUCAUCCCAACAACGAUUAUAUCGCCUAG